AUGAACCACAGCCCUUCAGACCAGACUGUGCACAACUCCAACGAAGGCAGCCCAGAGGAUGACAAACACAGCGUCAUGGUGCCUUGCUUACGCAGAAACAUCUACGACGAGUCGCUUUCUUCGUACACCAACAGCUCGAUCAUAUCUCAACUUCUCCGAAAGAGCGCGCACAACAAAAGAGCACUAGACGAAAACCAUUUCUAUCUCUCCAACUCUACCGCCACCGACUCUGGGCAGGAGGACCGCAGCAGCGUGUCCUCAAAGGACAGCGCCGCAGAAGCGUCGUCCCCGAAUUGCCACAUUUCUACAAGGUGCAACUCAGAGGGAGAGCCUCCUACGACGGAUCAUCUCCAAGCGAAGCGAGCCCGAGUAGAGAAUAUCAUCAGGGUGAUGGCCGGCUCUCCCAACAACAGGACACUAGCGGACAACGAUCGGCCUGACGUCGAUUCUCGAGAGUCUAGAGAGGCGUACCGGGAGAAUAAACGCAAACAACGGUUACCUCAACAUCAGGAGCACAGCGUCGGAGGACCGGUGAGUCGAAAACCUCACAACGAUCGCGACGAUACCGACACCAAGGAUGAAGAGUGCCACAAACUGAAAGAGCAGCUCCACAGCAUGCAAAAGCUUUUACGCCAGCUCCAAGAAAAAUUCAUUCAAGUUUAUAAACAAGAAAGUGCAGAUCAAGACGACAACACGGGGGAAGCCAUUGACGGUCACACCGUGGUGGAAAGAAACCACACGGGCUCCGAGGACGGUUUCGAGAAAAAAAGAAGGCUGAUACCAGAGUGUGACGACAGAAUAAAAGUCGUCGGUCAUCCGGUUCACCAAAGAGAAAGUCAGAACCUUCGGGAAAUCUUGAAACAGGAGCUCUCCAGAGCGUUGAAUGACUGCGUGGACCGCGUGUUGACCAAGGCGUCUUCAUCAGGGCUCGAUCUGUCCCCCCAACAGCGAACGUGUCCAUCUCCGGAGACGCAGAUCAGUUUGAGUACAGGGAAAAAGAAGCGACAGGAGGGUUCACUGCACGAGCAGCCUGAAGAGAGCACCGCCAAGCCCCGCUCUUUGGAGUAUUAUGACAACUCAGAGGUGCACCAGGACCAGACAGAAGCGCUCUCGCUGGUGGUUCGCAAGCCCGUGACAUCGCCUCUGAGCUCUGUCACUUCCGCAGUGAAGCGACCCUAUCCUGUGCAUCAGACGCCAUUCCAGUUCAACUACAGUGCCCCGCUGCAUGAUAGUCAGAUCCUGGAGCACCUUCUCAAGUACGGUCCUCAUUCUAACUUUGGGGGUGUUCACUGCAUGCCCCAUUCAAUGGACAGGGCCUCUCCAGAGCCAGUUGAGCUACCUUGGGAUACCCUUGCAUUGAGAUCCAAAGUGACACCCAGCCACCUGAGCCACCACCCUCGUCCCUCCGCCCUGGGGUCCGUGACGGUCGACGCUCUGUGCCUCCCUCAUGUGAAACUAGAGUGCGGCGAGCUGCAAAGUAUGGCUGAACGAAAUCCCUACAUGACUCUCAAUAUCCAGGAGGGUCUCACCCCGAGUCACUUGAAGAAGGCCAAACUGAUGUUCUUCUACACUCGCUACCCCAGCUCCAAUGUCCUCAAGACAUUCUUCCCUGAUGUCAAGUUUAAUCGCUGCAUUACGUCUCAGCUGAUCAAGUGGUUCAGUAACUUCAGGGAGUUCUACUACAUCCAAAUGGAGAAGUUCGCCCGGCAAGCCAUUGUAGACGGCAUCAGUGAAGUCAAAGACAUCACGGUCAGCAGAGACUCGGAACUAUUUCGAGCACUCAACAUGCACUACAACAAGGCCAAUGACUUUCAUGUUCCAGACAAAUUCCUCGAGGUUGCUGAGAUUACUUUGCAUGAGUUCUACAAGGCCAUUUCUGUUGCCAAAGACUCAGACCCCUCUUGGAAAAAGGCAAUCUACAAGGUCAUCUGUAAAUUGGACAGCGACGUCCCGGAUGAGUUCAAGACGUCCUCCUAUUUGUAGACAAAUGUGGUCAUAAGUAUAGGACGGGGUUAGUCAUUCUGAUCAUUUCAUGUACGUAGUGCUUUUGACUAGUGAAGUGAAGUGUAGCUGUUGAAUUACGUAUGUUGGAUGACUAGCUAGGUUGUUAAUAUUCUCGUUACAUCGGAUGAAAUGAAUUAUUCAUGCUUUUGGCGUAUUAUACUGAUCAUGUUUACUUAAGUAAUCUGCCUCAGUACAUUUAGACCAGGGGUGUCAAACUCGACGUCCAAUCCAUUUUUGAUCGGCAGGGGUUGAAUGAACGAAUGUAACUGUGGACACAAAAGUUAGCCAAGCGCAGCAGCGCACGCAUCCGAUCACACAUAUAAAAAAUCUAUGGUUCAAUGUCAAAAUAAAAGCACAUGAUUUUGCAUGCACACUAUGAAUGAGCUACAAAGUACCUCCGUGAGGUUGGCCUUCCAUCUUAUGCAAAUUUAUUUUUAAAAAAUGUAGAUAUACUCUGCUUUUAAUUUGCCGUGAUGACAUCAAUUCCACUGUAGAUGGGGGUGGGGGCUGCGUGAUGUCAUCACUAAAAAUCAAAAAUUGAAUAUCUACAAAACCGUGGCAGCACAAACAAACAACUAACACCAUUUUUAGCCGGUUAAGAUUUAAGUGGGGGGCUGGUUGACUUCAGAUUGGCCUAUACUAAAAUUGUAAAUGUCUCAAAAACGACAGCGGCACAAGCGAAGCAUUUUACAGCACAAACGAUUGACAUCAAUUUUAUAUAUAAUUGUGUCAAAUGAAGGGGCCAUGUUCACAAAUGACAGCCAUUCGUAUGACUACAAUUGAGAGACGGCGAGAACCAAAAGUACUAUUUGCCAUGAGGCAAAAUGUAUUUUGCCAUGUGGCAAAAGUGAUUUUGCCA